AUGUCGUCCACCGUCAACGUCGAGAACAUCUCGCAUCAAACCACCGAGAAGGAAGUCCGCGACUUCUUUUCUUUCUGCGGUAAAAUCUCCUCUCUCUCUGUCAAACCCGUCUCCAAAGACGCGAAAUCCCCUCAAUCCGCCACCGUCACCUUCGAGAAGGAGACCGCCGCCAAAACCGCCCUCCUCCUCGACAACACCCAGCUCGGCCCGUCCCAAGUCCACGUCGCCAGCACCGCAUCCAUUGACGACCUCGCCGGCGAUCGCGCCACCUCCGAACCCCUCGAGCCUACCGAAGCCGGCGACGUUGCCCAAGAGGAUAAGCCCCGCGCCCGCAUCCUUGCCGAGUAUCUCGCCCAAGGCUACGUCCUCAGCGACAAGGCCAUCGAGAAAGGCAUCGCCCUGGACAAGCAACAUGGCGUCUCCGAGCGCUUCCAGAAAGCCCUCCAUGACUUCGACACCCGCUUCCACGCCAGCGAGCGCGCCCAGGCAGCCGACCAGCGCCUCGGCGUGUCCACUAAGGGCGGCGCGGCCUGGCGCGGCCUGACCUCCUACUUCGAGAAGGCGCUGGAAACCCCGACCGGCCAGCGGCUGCGGAAGUUCUACGAGGACACGAACAAACAGGUCAUGGAUGUCCACGGCGAGGCGAAGCACCUAGCGAGCCUCAAGAAGGAGGAAUCGCCGGCCGGCGACGCCGAGAAGGCGGGGGUGGAGACGGUCCCUGGUACCGAUCGGACGAAGUGCAAUUGCGGCGCGAACGCGGCCGGCUGCCCGUGUCCCGCAGGGAAAUGCUCCUGCACGAACUGUGCGAAGAAUCCAGAGGCCCCCUCCCUAGAGAAACCGUCUGCUGGUGCUUCCACCACCGAGAAGGCUUAG